CGGUGCCGGCCCCGCUGGCGCCGCCCGCAGCUCCCGCGGCUCCUCUGCCUAUUUUAGUCACAGCCGCGGCUCCGGGACCGCCGGCGGCCACGCGCGGCAGCCCCGGGCCAUCGCCGUCCCGUCCGGGCGGCCGGGAAACUUUUCCGCGGGCGCGGGGCAGGAGUCUCCAAGAUGAAUACUACAGCAAUGAGCCCACUCACCGUUACCCCACUAGGUUUUGUUCCAGACUUCAAAAAUUCCACUCUUGAUCCUCUCAAUGAGACUGCAUGUGAAAACUGGAAAGAGAUUCAUCAUCUUGUUUUUCACGUGGCAAACAUUUGCUUUGCAGUUGGACUGGUCAUUCCAACUACUUUGAAUCUUCAUAUGAUUCUUCUGCGAGGCCUGCUCACUGUAGGAUGUGCAUUAUUCAUCAUUUGGGCUACACUCUAUCGUUGUGCCUUGGACAUAAUGAUCUGGAAUUCUGUGUUUUUGGUUGUCAACCUUUUGCAUUUCAUAUACCUAGUGUAUAAAAGAAGACCGAUCAAGAUAGAGAAGGAGCUUAGCAGCCUCUACAAGAGAAUGUUUGAACCUCUCCAUGUGCCUCCAGAGCUCUUCCAAAGACUAACUGGACAAUUCUGCAACAUUCAGACUUUGAAGACAGGUCAAGCCUAUGCAGCAGAAGAUAAAACAUCAGUUGAUGAUAGGCUAAGCAUCCUGCUGAAGGGGAAAAUGAAGGUGUCUUAUCGAGGCCAUUUUCUGCAUAAUAUUUACCCCUGUGCCUUUAUAGAUUCUCCUGAAUUUCGAUCGACACAGAUGAACCGGGGUGAGAAAUUCCAGGUCACCAUUAUUGCAGAUGAUAAUUGCAAGUUCCUGUGCUGGUCCAGGGAAAGGCUGACUUACUUUCUGGAGUCUGAGCCAUUUCUUUAUGAGAUCUUUAAGUACCUUAUUGGCAAAGAUAUUACAAAUAAACUUUAUUCAUUGAAUGACCCAACCUUAAAUGACAAGGCUUCAAAGAAGAUUGAUCGACAGCCCAGCCUUUGCUCUCAGCUCUCCGUGAUGCAGAUGAGGAACAGCAUGGCCAGUACCAGUGACAGCGAGGAUGGCUUGCAGAUGUUUCUUCGUGGGACUUCCUCUGCAUCCUCUCUUCGCCCAGGCCGAACAUCUCCUUACCUGAGAACUUCAGCCAAGAUGAAGCCGAUAGAAGAAAGUGUUGAAGAUGAUGUCUUUGAAGCACCGUCUGCUGACAAGCUUGAACUCCAGCGUCUGCCUUAAACAGCUGUGUCCUCAGAGCUUGCAAAAGGAAGGAGCUGAAUUUGGGAGGAAUCUGAAAGCUAAGCCCACCUCUCCAUGUUUGAAUUUACUGCAGCAUAUGCCAGUGGCUUCUAGAUGGAAAUGUCAUGUUUUAUUUUACUUCUAAAUAAAAUAAAUAAAAUCUUGUGUGGAUUUUU